UCUACCGUCACAUUUGUCAUCAGCAAGAGAAGUUUCGAAACUUCGUACAAUUGUAGCUAUCUUUUGAUCAUUUGGAAGUCAUUACUUUGGUUGAGCACUGCCGUCUUAAAGAUACUUUUCGUCAGUCACGGUUGCGUCGGCUUGACCUGUUUUCCUGUUCUCUCACCUUUUCUAAUCGAAGUGUAUCAAGAUGAGCUUCUUAUUUGGCAGUCGCUCAUCAAAGACUUUUAAACCAAAGAAGAACAUCCCAGAAGGCUCACAUCAGUAUGAACUUCUGAAACAUGCUGAGGCCACGCUUGGGAGUGGCAACUUACGACAGGCUGUCAUGCUUCCUGAGGGAGAGGACCUCAACGAGUGGAUUGCUGUCAAUACGGUGGACUUCUUUAACCAGAUUAACAUGUUGUAUGGCACCAUCACUGAGUUCUGCACUGAGACUAGCUGCUCAGUUAUGUCCGCUGGACCAAGAUAUGAAUACCACUGGGCUGAUGGAACCAACAUUAAGAAGCCGAUUAAGUGUUCAGCUCCUAAAUACAUUGAUUACCUGAUGACGUGGGUGCAAGACCAGCUGGAUGAUGAGACCCUCUUCCCUUCGAAGAUUGGUGUUCCAUUCCCCAAGAACUUCAUGUCGGUGGCAAAGACCAUCCUGAAGCGCUUGUUCCGCGUGUAUGCCCAUAUCUAUCACCAGCACUUUGACUCCGUCAUGCAGCUACAGGAGGAGGCUCACCUGAACACCUCCUUCAAGCACUUCAUCUUCUUUGUGCAGGAGUUCACCCUGAUAGACCGCAGGGAGUUGGCUCCGCUGCAGGAUCUCAUUGAGAAGCUGUGCACCAAAGACAGAUAAGAUACCAGAAGAAAAAUCAGAUAUUACAUUUUCAGUGUUCUCCAGAAUGGAACAGAAUCUCUUCCAGGUGUACCCUUCUCCUUAGUCUCUAAUCUUUGUAAUUUCUUUCUUGCUUGCUUUCUCUCUCUCUUUCUUUCUUUCUUUCUUUCUUUCUUUCUUUUUUCUUUCUUUCUUUCUUUCUUUCUUUCUUUCUUUCUCUCUCUUAGUAAGUCUGAGUUAGUCACAGUCUCAAGGUUUCUAUAUCCUGAGAUGAUCAGUGAAUCAUGAAAUUGGGACCUAAUGUGAAUCUUAGAAUGAAAGCCUCACACCAGUGUUUUAUCAUUAUUUUUACUUCACUCAGUUUUAUCCACACUUACCUAUAUAUAUACUUACAUAAUUGAUGCAUUGUUUUUGAUAGAUUGAUUGCGUUUAAUGCUGCAGCUUGAGGCCUUGUUAUUAGAUCUUGCUUUUUAAUUGCACACCUGUAAAAUGUCACCGAUUACCUUGUUUUGUAAAGUUUGUUCUCUAAGAAAUGGGGAAAAUGUUAAAAGCAUGUAGAGUGUAGGAGUAGUUUCAUAGCUUUUAAUUUAACGUUUAGAGGAAGUUUUGGCAAGACAGUUGUGUUUAAAAUGGUUAUUUGUUAUCAUGAAAGUGUUUUAGGUUUAUAUUUUAAGUAUUUUUAAAUGUGACAUUGUUCUUUGUCAUUUCAAUCAAUUUGUGCAAAGGGUCCACAUGAUGCCGUUUUAUUAUUUUAAUGCUUUUUAUUCGUGCUGGCACACAAUUAAAAUAUCAGCAUUCACAUUUUAUUUGUGUUUUUCAGCGUUAGAAUUGAUCAUGACCUGUUCAUAGCGCAGGGCUGGGGCACAGUAUUAUAAGGGACCUAAAUGCACUUACAAUUAAGUCACCUUCGACUUCGGCAUUGUAGGCAUUGUUUAGAAGUCUGUCUCUGUUUUAUUCUGAGAUCUUUUCCCACUGUCAGAUGGAUUCUAGAUACUCAGAUCAAGUGUGCUGCAGCCUGUAGGGUGGUUGAAACCUGCAGACUGGCCCGAGCAUCAAUGUCAUCAUUACAGACUCAGAGUGUCCUUCCAAUCACUUCAUGGUUUUCAUUCCUCUCAUCUUACCUCAGCUCUCUCAAUGCAAUAAUUCUGAAAUAGUAUUCAUCCAUACUGUUAAAGCCAGUCUGUUGUGUAUACUGUUAUCUAAGACUGUCUUAUCCCUAAAAGAGUUUUUUUUUGUUGUUGCUUUUUUUGUGCCUGGAAUAGCACAUAAACCUUGAACUUCAGCAAAAGUGAAUUGGUCAUUCUGCAAAAUGACUAACGAGGCGUCAAGAGUCAAGACACCAUGAGUCCUCUCGUAAGAGUCCGCUUUCAUGGGAACUACCAGUUGGCAUCUAAGGUCACUUAAUGUGCCUUAUGUUUUAUUGCUGAAUUUGGUGCUCCGUGUUCACCUUGAAGCCAGACUGGUGAGAAGUAAUUUUUUUAAGUCCAAAUGAGCUAACAGACACUUGAAUGCUUUUUGCCUUAGAUUAUCUAUGCUAUCCUGGUGCCCACAAUCAGCCAUAGGGAAGGAAUAGGCCGUAAGGGUUGAACACUGAUGGUAAAACAAUUAUUGAAAGCGUCAAUUUCUGAGUCUGUUGCUCACUUGCAUCCUGGCGGAAAGUGACUUCAUGGUCUGUGACCUGAACUAAAACCGUGCCUUAAAGAGACCAUAUAUUGACUGAUAUGAUUGUGAUAUAGGUUUUUUGUCAUUUGUGGCAUAGUGUAAUUUUAAAUAAAGUCAGAUCAAAUCCUUUA